AGAAACGGAAGUCCCUCCCAGACUGGGUCUGUGCUUACACAGCGUCCCUAACGAGAAAGAAGCGGGAUGGAAGCUGGAGAGGAAGAACCUCUGAAGCCGUUUCCCCAUGGUGUUGACUCCAUGAACAAUGUAGAACAAGGGGAACCAGAUAAACCUCCAACAACAGAGAGAUUGGCAAGUUGUCUUCUGGACAAAACUGAGACGGAAAAGUUGCUGUGCUCUGCAGAAGAGACAAUGGAAGUCCCAGGUUCCACAGACUGCUGUCCAAAGAGCAAUGAGGAUCAGGAUGGGUCUCUUCCAGUGUCCCAUGUGAAUGAAUACAAAGCAGUUAUGCCAGGCUUUGGGACAACUAUCAGCCCUCCAGUUUAUCACUGGGGCGAAGAAAUGUUGGAAGACUCUGAUCUGCAUAAUUGUAACUUGAGCAAGACUGGAGCAUCUCAAACACCACAUUUAUGGGGAGAAUAUUUGGAUAAUCCAGGUUCAAAACUUGCCUCUGGCCAGUGCAUUCCCACCAAUGGAUCACUUGUGUUAAGGACUGGGAGCAACAAGAGUGGGACCAAUGAACCAUCUGAGGUGUGCAAUGGGAAGCCACAUCUCGUACCUGCCCAAGAUGGCAUUCCCAUUGGGGAGGAGGCUUCCAAUGCCAAACAUUCCCACUGCAAUAAUGGAAAACCAGAGUCCCUGGACAGAAAAUCAGUGGAAGACGAGGACCCUGCUCUCCUAGCCAUGUUCCGUACUGUGGCCAACAGCCGUCUGGCUGUCCGGAGCCAACAAAAAGACGAGCCGGAUUUCACUCCGUCGCAGAAGCUGGCCAUAUUGCAGGAACUGUACCACGCCAAGCCCCUGGUCUUCCUGGAGCGCUUCCGAACUGCCCUGCGCGAAGAACACUUACCUUGCUUCCUCCAUCUCUCUGGCAGCUAUGAGGCAGAUUUCUACUGUGCUGAAGUGCGCAGGGCUGGCCUGGGCAAAACACGGCGCACCCGAGUGCGGAACAAGCGCUACGCAGCUCUGCAGCAGCUCAUUAAAGGUGGGGAAUACUUUAGCGAUGAGCAGAUGCGCAGCCGGGAUCCGCUCCUUUACGAACAGUACAUCGGACAGUACCUGAGUGAUGAAGAGUUGCAAGCGUUGGGCAGCUGCAAACUGGAGGCGGCCUGCUCCCUCUCGGGUGUCCUCAUGGACUCCUAUCAGGAGCAGGUCAUCCAACAGCGGCUGCUGGUUCAGCAGGAACAGGAAGAGGCAUGUGAGGAGGAGGAAGAGGAAGAUGACACUGAUGAUGAGGACAAGGAAGAUGAGGCCUCUGACCCAGACAAGGAUGAGUGGGUCCCUGACCAAGAUGAGAAAAUAUUACUGCGAGAGGAGUUUACCAGCCGUAUGUACCAGCGUUUCCUUGAUGGCAAGGAUCGGGACUUUGACUACAGCGAGGUAGAUGAGAACCCAGAUUUUGACAACCUGGACAUCGUAUCGCGGGAUGAAGAAGAGCGGUACUUUGAUAGAGAAGACCCGGAAGAGGCUGAUGCUAUGGAAGCAGAGUAGAUGAGUCUGAGAACUUGAGCCCAAGAAAUAGGUGAGGUCCCCUGAAGGUGGAGAUAAGAGGACAUGUGUUUGUUAUUCACCCUUCUGUGUGGAAGAUUUUUCAUGCUAAAUUGGGUGAAUUGACAGAGCAGCUUUGAGCUGGAAUGCUGUUGAGCUCUGAGAUUGAGUGUCCACACUCGAAGUUAUCCAUGUGGCCCUUCCCAGCUCCUUCCUAAUCGCUAAUAGGAGAAGAUGGCUGAGAAAGGGAGCCUAUAUCCUCAGGAUUGGACAAUUGCACUGUGGAUUGAAGCACAGUUUCUUCUAUAAUGGCUGAACCUUUGAAUCCUUCCAAUCCUAGGGUUUGGUUUUGUCUUCACGCCUGCAGUUCCCCCCUGAAUUGUCUUAUUUGGCUCUCUCUAGUGUGGACUACCUAUGAGCAGAAUGUUUCUCAUAACAAAAAAUGUUUCUGAGUUGUUUUUGCCAUGAUGUUGUGAUUUAAG